UGCCCCAAUUUUUUCUCACUUGGUUUGAAGAAGAAAAAGACGGUACCAAACAUGAAACAAAACAAACACUGCCCUCGAUCUCUCUGAUGUAUAAAACAGCCUGAAGCCAAAGAUCCAAUAUUGUAGCUAGAAAGAAGCAAAGGGGAGACUUACCCAAAGGCCAAAGCUGAACCUCUAAUAACUUUAACUCGUGUUUGACUCACGGGACUCGCAACAAAAACAAAGGGCUAGCUGUGAUUCACAAGAAAACCACCGGCUUUUGAUCCAAAAAGGAAGAAAAAGGAGGAAGGCAAAGAAUUAAUGGGAACAAGUACAGGAACAACAGGAACCUUCCUAAAGAAGAAAAGUGAGCAGGUACUAGACGGUUCGGAUAUAAUGGAGUUGGUUGAGAACGAGGAGGUGUUUAGCAAUUUCGUGGAUCAUAAGUUCAAGGAGCUUGAUAAGGACAGUGAUGGUCAGCUCUCUGUGAAGGAGUUACAACCUGCUGUUGCUGAUAUUGGUGCUGCUCUUGGCUUGCCUGCUCAGGGUUCUUCUCCUGAUUCUGAUCAUAUUUACUCUGAGGUUUUGAAUGAAUUCACCCAUGGAAAACAAGAAAGAGUGAGCAAGACAGAGUUUAAAGAGGUUCUUUCAGAUUUUCUGCUAGGUAUGGCCGCAGGUUUGAAGCGAGAUCCUAUUGUGAUCCUCCGUAUUGACGGAGAAGACCUCCUGGAGUUCAGCAACGGUCCAAGUUAUGAAGCAGAGAUGGUGUCCAUAUUUUCACAGAUAGGGUCAGAUGAUGCAUCGCUGCGUGAUUGCAUUAUUAAGGCUUUGGAGAAACUUACAGUUGACCAAGGAAUGCCCCCUUCUUCAGAUUCUUGGGUUAUGAGCAACGUAGUGGAACAAGCUUUGGUAUCAUGGGAUGGCAAUGAUCAAGAGAAACCUAUAUCUCAAGAAACAUUCUUGGAAGAAUUUAAGAAAGUAGCAGAGCGUGUGGCUCAAAAUCUCAAGGAGCAGCCUGUAAUUGUUGCCCAUAGUGAAAACACCUUUGAUGGAAGUGGCAUUAAAAGACUACUAUCCAACAAGUUUGAACUAGACAAGUCAUUGAAUACAGCUAUAGAAAAUGUGCCAAAAGAUCGCAAUGGGAAAAUAUCAAAGGAAUAUUUACGAGUGGUGCUAGAUUUGGUGGCUUCAUCAGCUGAUUUACCUCCAAUCGGUGCUGUUGAUCAGAUCGAUAAGGUUGUCGCUGAUGUUUUCAACAUGAUAAACGCGGAUGAUGGGAAGGUGGUUAAAGAAGAUGAGUUCAAGAAACUAUUGACAGAUAUCCUGGGGAGCAUCAUGCUGCAGUUAGAGGGCAAUUCUAUCUCAGUUUCUUCAAAUUCUGUUGUUCAUGAGCCGCUUGCAUCAUCCUCGUUGCAUUUGCAGCCAUCAUCCUAGUUGCCAAUCGCCAGU